GGCCGGAACCCCCACUUCGGGAGGACGCGGCUUCGCCGGAGCGGUCCGCGACGGACUCGGCAGGCGGAAGUGUUCUGUAAGAGAAGGCAGGCCUUCCGCCGCCGCCGCUGCCGCUGCCGAGGUCCGGCCCGAGGAGGGAGGGUUAGAAAGAUGCUUCUGGAGCUGUCCGAGGAGCACCGCGAGCACCUGAGCUUCCUCCCGAAGGUGGACUACGCCGUGGUCGCCGAAUUCGGCCGGAUCGCUCUGGAAUUCCUGAGGAAAGGGUCCAACCCGAAAGUGUAUGAAGGAGCCGCCAGAAAACUCAAUGUUAGCAGUAACACAGUCCAACAUGGAGUUGAAGGAUUAACAUACCUACUCACUGAGAGCUCCAAACUCAUGAUUUCUGAACUGGAUUUCCAAGAUUCGGUGCUUGUUUUGGGAUUCAGUGAAGACUUAAAUAAAUUGUUGCUUCAGCUUUAUCUUGACCACAGAAAAGAAAUCAGAACAAUUCUGAGUGAAUUGGCACCAGUGUUCCCUAGUUACCACAAUCUUGAAUGGAGAUUAGAUGUACAGCUUGCGAGCAGAUGUCUAAGACAGCAGAUUAAACCAGCAAUGACUCUAAAGCUGCAUCUAAGUCAGGAUGGAGAGCAUAGCAACCAGGUUUUGCAGACUGACCCAGCUACCUUGCUCCACUUGAUUCAGCAACUGGAACAAGCAUUAGGAGAAAUGAAAACAAACCAUUGCAGGAGAAUUGUUCGAAAUAUCAAAUAAUAUUGAAUUUGGGUUGUAAAUCUAUUCAGAUGACUUAUGAAGCAAUGUUAAAGGACUAAGCA